CUGGCGAACAAUAUCACGUACAUUUUUCCCGUUUAAUCCUGUGCGUGCCCAAAGGAGGAAAAAGGGUGUUAAAAUGAAGAAUGGAAAUCUAAUCUUAGCGGAAGCCCUGAAGGAGCAGGGCCUAACUUAUGUCUUUGGCAUUAUGGGACACCCUGUGAUCGACUUAGCUCUAACUAUGCAAGCCGUUGGUAUGCAAUAUCUGGGUUUUAGAAACGAGCAAGCCGCCUGUUACGCCGCGCAAGCUUAUGGAUAUUUAACGAGUAAACCUGCGGUGGUGCUAUGUGUCUGUCCGGGAUUAUUGCAUGUAAUUGGCGGCAUGGCGAACGCACAAGUAAAUUGUUGGCCUGUGCUCGUGUUGGGAGGAUCUUGUCCGGAGGAUCACGAAGGCAUCGGUGGAUUUCAAGAAUGGCCACAGGUCGAGGCAAGUCGACCGUACUGUAAAUACGCAGCAAGGCCCCCGUCAGCUGCACUCAUACCAUUGCACGUUGAAAAGGCCGUACGACUCAGCAUUUAUGGUAGACCAGGUGCUACUUAUCUCGAUUUACCAGCUACAUUACUGAUUCAAAAUGUGGAUGAAGGUAAGAUCGCCAAGGUUUCACCCUGUCCACCGCCACCAAUAUCACAUCCUGAUAUGAAUUUAAUCGAGCGGGCGGCGAAUUUAUUGAUGAAAGCAACGCAACCUUUAGUAAUAAUUGGCAAAGGAACCGCCUAUGGUCGAGCGGAAGAUUCGGUGAGAGAGCUAAUCUAUUCAACAGAUCUACCCUUUUUACCGACGCCAAUGGGAAAAGGUGUUGUACCGGAUACAGAUAAACGUUGCGUCUCCAGCGCACGAACAUACGCCUUGCAACACUCCGAUGUCAUUUUAUUGUUAGGCGCGAGAUUAAAUUGGAUGUUGCACUUUGGACGACCACCCAGAUUUCAGAGCGACAUCAAAGUUAUACAAAUUGAUUUGUGCGCCGAAGAAUUGCACAAUUCCGUGCCGUCCACCGUCGCCAUACAAUCCGACAUUGCGCCUGCAACGAAAUAUCUGACGGAUGCAUUGAAAAGUCGAAAAUGGCAUGUCGACCGAAACAAUUCAUGGUGGAAGGGACUCGAGACAAAAGCCGAUCAAAAUAGGAUGUCAGUUCAUCGAAUGUCGUCAGAUACCAACGUGCCUCUGAAUUAUUAUGCCGUAUUUAGACAUAUUCAAGAUGUUAUACCAAAAGAUUGCAUUAUUUGUUCCGAGGGAGCUAAUACGAUGGAUAUCGGACGAACCAUUCUCUUGAAUGAUCUGCCUCGCCAUAGACUAGAUGCCGGUACGUUCGGCACUAUGGGUGUAGGGCUUGGUUUUGCGAUCGCGGCUGCUCUUUAUUGCAAAGAUAACGCGCCGAAAAAGAGGGUGAUUUGUGUGGAAGGAGACAGCGCCUUUGGAUUCUCUGGCAUGGAGAUCGAAACGAUGUUUCGAUACAAACUACCAAUAAUUAUCAUAAUCGUGAAUAAUAACGGUAUAUACAGUGGUUUCGAUAAAGAAACCUUCAGACAAAUACAAGCAUCCGGAGAUCCUACGCAAGUAACACCUCCAUAUUCUUUAACAUCUGGAACUCAUUAUGAGAAACUUAUGGAAAUGUUUGAUAAGAAAGGAUAUUUUUGUACUACUGUGCAAGACAUUCAGGAAGCAUUAAAAUCAUCUCUCAAGGUGAUGGAUAAUCCUAGUCUAAUAAAUAUUAUGAUUGAUCCACAAGCAGAUCGAAAAAAGCAAGAAUUUAACUGGUUGACUGAAUCAAAAUUAUAAAUGCAUGUGCCAUAAAACAGCAAGAUACUGUCAAAAGUAUCUGCCUUCAAUUCCAGUGUUUCCUUCUUUAAAGAAUAUUUUUUUAUAGGCUUCUAAUUAAUAAAUCAAUGUUUAAUAGAUAAUUAAUAUCAUUGAAAAAAAUAUACGGGUUAUAGAAAUAAUUUUAUAUAUAAUACAUAUUUAUUGCUUCUCAGAAACUUUUAAUUAUUAAUAUAAAAUUACUUUAAAAAAGUUUAUAUACAUUAUUAAAGAAUAAAAAUAUAUGUAUAUUAAACAUAAAAAUAUAUGUAUAUAAAAUA